UUCGUAGUUUUCAAAAUACGUAUCAGCGUUGGGAGUCAUAUACAGGAAGACCCGACUUCCGGCACAAUCUUAGCGGUUGCCUUUACUUAACAGUCUCAGUUCUGUUGAAAUAGGCGUUGGUGGCGAGCGCGCGUGUGUUAAGAGACUAGGGGGUGACUUGUUUUUAACGAGGGUAAUUAGCGGCGAGUGGUUAAAGUGCGUGCUUUGCGAUCUGAAACACGCGUGCGGUUUUUACUUCAUUCAGGAAAUAAUUAUGAAUGGAAAGUGCGAUAUCGAAUUAGGUUUCCUGUUCGAUUUUUCCUGAAACAUGUGGCCUGCCAAGUGCCUGUAAAAGUUAUAAUCAUCCGUAGAAGAAGCGCGUCUGUUUUCCCGUAAAGGUCUUUUAAAAGCUUUGUGCGACGCUACUCUGAUGGGACAAGGAUGUGAAACUUCCUGCCUUUUUGUGUGUGGAACGCAACUGCACCAUCAUGCGUAAAGUUUAGGAUCGUAGUGCACAUCAUCGCCAAUUCGCGCUCUUUGUCAACGUUAAUAUUUUUAGUAGUGAAACCGAUGAUGAAGAAGCACACCUUGCACAGUGCGCUCAAUCGCGUCCAGCUCCCGGAGAUACUCAGACGGUGUGCCCUCCCAGUGUUGGAGAUCCGUCGCCGUUCAUCCCUUUUAGCCUUAAAUUUCAAUUCCAAUGUUAUUUUACGCGUUACCAAAAAAAGUAAGCGGCAAUCUUUGUCGUGGCCAAGCUCGAUCGAGGUACCAGAGGUGGACUAUCCCGAUAUUGAGCACAAUCAGAGACUGCAACAAUCUCCAAUCAUGGACCAUUCCCAGUUUCGCACCACGACCAUGUUCGAUGACGUGUAUGGACAGAGCCUAACGAGACCCAGCCUGUACCACAAGUGCAGCAGGGGCUCACACUCAUCCGAUACCAGUUCGGCCUACAGCGGUUCAGACACCAUGGCUUCGAAUCACUCGGAAUUGGACGGGGACGAGCUCGAUCUCACCGGUCUAGUCGAAAGCAUCGUCGAUAGCGACGAAGAUGACGAUCUGGCCGAAAGCAUGGACAGUCUCACCGUUCGAGAUAGAGUCCGAGAUUGCCUAGAGAAGGACCCGUCCGAACGGACGGAGGACGAUAUCGAAGCUCUCUUGGAGUUCACUCAACACUUGAAGGCCUUUACAAACAUGACGCUGGCUGUUCGCAAGGCGCUUUGCUCCGUUAUGGUAUUUGCAGUCGUUGAAAAAGCGGGAACGGUUGUAAUGAACGACGGUGAAGAAUUAGAUUCGUGGUCGGUUCUCGUCAACGGCUGUGUCGAUGUGCUAAUCUCAAACCAAGAAACUCAAACCCUCAUGGUGGGAGACGCCUUCGGUAUACUGCCCACCAUGGACAAGCUCUAUCACAAAGGGAUCAUGCGGACCAAAUGUGACGACUGCCAAUUCGUGUGUAUAACCCAAAGCGAUUACUACAGAAUACAACACCAAGGCGAAGAAAACACGAGGCGGCACGAGGUUGAUGGCCAGCUGGUUAUGGUGACGGAACUUCGCGGCUCGAUGGAAUCUCAAAACAGCAAUAGGCGGGGCCACGUCGUAAUCCGCGGCACCGCCGAACGUCUCAUGUGCCAACUGAUCGAGGAAAACUCGCUAACCGACCCCACCUACGUCGAGGACUUCCUCUUAACGCACCGCACCUUCAUACCCGGACCGCUGCACGUCGCCAACCAACUGCUGGAGUGGUUCAAAGAUCCCGACGUCAGAGAUCGCGUGACUCGCGUCGUUUUACUUUGGGUGAACAAUCACUUCACCGACUUUGAGACUGAUACCGAUAUGAUCGAAUUUCUGGAGACGUUCGAGAAGGGCUUGGAGAACGAGAAGAUGAUCGGGCAGCUGCGACUGUUGAACAUAGCGUGCGCGGCGAAGGCGCGAAUGCGAAACGUCGUCCUCGCGAGGCCGAGUCGCGACGAACCGCUCAGCUUUCAAAUCCUCGGCGGUUACGAGCGGCACUUCGGGAUUUUCAUAUCGAAAGUCGACAAGAAGUCGAAGGCGGAGGACGUCGGCCUGAAACGUGGCGAUCAAAUUUUGGAAGUGAACGGGCAGAGUUUCGAACAUGUGAGUCAUGUUCGCGCCUUGGAGAUUCUGCGCGGUACCACCCAUCUGAGCAUCACCGUGAAAUCGAACCUUCUGCACUUCAAGGAGAUGCUAAAUACGCCCGAUAAUUCACCGAGACCGCGCGGACGGAAAACUUCCGAGAUAUCGAGGCUGCAGCCGGAUCCGCGCGCGAGGUUGUCGAGCAUCGACGGAAAUUUAAUUUUAAGCACCGAAUCUCCCUGUUCCCAGCCGGUUAGCAUAAACAGUCCUCAGAAGGACGCCAAAAGCGGCAAAAGCUUUAUGACGCUUGGACCCAAACGACGGUUACAAAAGGCGCUAAUGAAAAUGAACAUUCUCCCGAAGAACGUUAUCAAUGACGGCAUAGACAUUGACCAUGUGGACAGCGUACCGCCCCCCUCAUCGCUAGGCACGAACCUGUACCAUUCCCAAAGCAACCCUGAUUUAAUGUCGAUAUGCUAUGACGACGCGCGAAGUCACGACUUCCCCGAGCACGUCUUGAAAGUGUACCGGCCCGAUCAGAGCUACAAGUACCUUUUAAUUAAUAAGGAAACGACCGCGCACGAGGUCGUCAUGUUAGCUUUACAGGAAUUCGGCAUGACCGAUCCUAGCAGUAAUUUUAGUCUGUGCGAGGUGUCCGUUACCGAUAACCAAACCAUAAAACAGCGCCGUCUACCCGACCAGCUUCAGAAUCUCGCCGAACGCAUCGGGCUCAGCAGCAGAUACUACCUGAAGACGAACGGCGUUACCGAAACGCUAGUACCUGACGAACUUGCCCCCGAGCUUGUUAGAGAGAGCGCCGUGCACUUCUUGCAAUUGAACGCCGUCGAGGUUGCCAUUCAGCUCACCCUGCAGGAUUUUAGCAUAUUUAGGCAGAUCGAACCGACCGAGUACAUAGACGAGUUAUUCGAGCUUCACUCGAAGUACGGUACGCCGAUGCUGGAACAAUUCGCGGCAUUAGUCAAUCGCGAAAUGUUCUGGGUCGUCACGGAGGUCUGCAGCGAGCACAAUCCCGUUCGGAGAAUGAAGAUUAUCAAGCAGUUCGUCAAAGUUGCGCGUCAGUGCAAGGAAUGCAAGAAUUUCAACUCGAUGUUCGCCAUAAUCAGUGGUUUGGGGCACGGCGCCGUAUCGAGGCUGCGACAGAGCUGGGACAAACUGCCCGGCAAGUACCAGAGACUGUUCUCCGAACUUCAACAGCUCAUGGAUCCGUCGAGGAACAUGAGCAAGUAUCGGCAGCUAGUGAGCGCGGAGCAGAAUCAACCCCCGAUAAUACCGUUCUAUCCGGUCGUCAAAAAAGAUCUCACUUUCAUUCAUCUCGGCAACGACUCGAAGGUCGAGGGAUUGGUUAACUUCGAGAAGCUGAGGAUGAUCGCGAAAGAGGUGCGCGGCCUUAGUAACAUGUGCAGCAGUCCGUACGACCUUCUGACGAUGCUCGAGCUCGGCGGACAGCCGGCGAGUAACGCGAUGGUGGCGCUGAAUCAGCUCACGACCGGCGGAUCGCAGCACCACUUCCAGGGGCAGGCGACGGUUAAGCGGAGGAAAAAGUCGGCCGCCGCGCCGAAUCCGAAGAAGAUGUUCGAGGAGUCGCAAAUGGUUCGGCGGGUCAAGGCCUACUUGAAUAAUCUGCACGUCGUUAACGACGAAUCGCGCCUGCACGAGAUGUCGCUGGAGUGCGAAAGUGCCGUUAAUAAUACGACAGGUAGUAUAGUCGGUCCGCGCGGGAAACGGCAUGCGUCGCCCGCUCCCUCGACGACGAGCAGCACGAGCAGUACGAGCGACGAACGUAAACCGACGGCCAAAUUUGGGUCCGCCUCACCUCAGGCCGUCAGAAAACUGCUCGCGCUCUCCGAACAGAACAAGACGCGUCCGCAUCAGCCGCGUCAGCCUCCGCUACCGCCCGGCUUCAACGCGCCCCAACCGAGCCCGGCGGUGCGGCGGGCGCCCAGCUCAACAGGGAGUUACUCCAGCUACGGAAGCUCGAGUAGCUGCGGUGCGGGAGGGCGUGCGAUGCACGAACGUUCGCAUUCCGACACUCCCACUCCCCUGCCGUCGGUGGCGCUGUCCGCCGAGAGCAGCAGCGUUACGUCGCUCAGCAACCUGCCCCUACGAAAGACGCUAACCUCAGGCUCGGUGGCUUCUUCUGACUCGGGCCACAGCACGAAUAGUUCCGCAGGUGACGGUCCCACGGGCCUACCGCACUCUUUCCAAACUCAACCGCGUUGUCCAAGCCCUUCCAGACACGCGCCUUCGAUUCCAGGAUGGUAUCCCCGCGUUGGUGCUAUUCCUCCCUACCCUCACGCUGUGGCCGUCUUGCCUCCUUUGCCCAAUGCUUUACGUAAUGGUCCGGGUCGACGACAACCCCCCGCGUAUAGUGUGGCAGCUCAAAUGGCGCGGUUGCACCGACUGGGUCGCGCGCACUCCCACGAGGGUGUGACGCAGGGAUUUCACUAUCAUACCGACCCAGAUACCGACCACGAUGAAGAGGAGACCCAAGUAUCAGCAGUGUGAAAAUUCAAUUAUUUGUAGGCGCAUUUCGAUGGUUAUUGUUGCAUAUCUGUGUAAUCCACUUUAAUACUCAAUCUCGAUGUAUACAACACACACACUGCGAGGGGUACAGCCGGACAGCGCCGCCUCUCUCCUCCUUAUUUAACCAACGUACCUGAUUUCACCACAACCUGCAUUUUUGCUUUAGCGUUGCGGUAUUCCCGUCGGCCGACCGAUCCGUAGGUUUUAUUAUUGUAAAUAUUUAGCCCCUCCCCCUCUCCCCUCCACCAUUAUUUUAGUUAAUCCGAAUUACGGGUUUUUAUCGAUUUGCAAUAUAGUAAUUGUAAAACGUUUUUAUAUUAAAAACCAUUCCAGUCGUUAGGGUAUUUAUUUGCGAAAGCGCGCGUUGACGACGCAAACUUUUCCAUUGUAAAUGUUUCUAUAGUAAUCAUUCCAAACGUGAUUAUAAUUCUUCUCGAAUGAACCGCCGUACUUGUAUCUCUAACU